GAUGAUGUGGUUUUGUAGGGAUUGGAGUGUGGGCCUUCAGCCUGGGUCUCGGGGGAGGAACUGGGUGUUCCCCACAGUUUUUCUCUGCGUCUACGGAUUCUUUUCCAUGAUGAGACCCUCUGAACCUUUCCUCACAGACUUCCUCACAGGGCCAUACAAGAACCUUACCACCCAACAGGUUACAAAACAGGUGAUCCCAACGUGGGCCUACUCCAACCUUUUCCUCCUCAUCCCAGUCUUCCUGGUGACAGACGUCCUGAGAUACAAGCCUCUCAUUGUCCUCCAGGCGUUAACCUUCAUCCUGGCAUUUAUCCUGUUACUUUUCAGCUCUGGCGUGGUGUUGACUCAGUGCGCCUUGUUUGCCUACAGUAUGGGCACGGCAGCUGACACAGCCUACUAUUCCUAUAUCUACAGCGUGGUCCAUCCACAGUAUUACCAGAGGGUAACCAGCUAUGCCAGAGGGGCUGUGCUACUGGGCUACGCAUGUGGCAGCCUGUUGGGCCAACUCCUGGUGUCCCUGGGAGGGAUAUCCCUGUACUGGCUCAAUGUCAUUACUCUGAACUCCGUCUGUCUGGCUCUGUUGGCCGCCCUUCUCCUGCCCAUGCCCGAGAAGAGCCUGUUCCUUAGGGAAAGUGAGAUGGAUUACAACCCAUCGGAGAAUGUCACGUCCAGUUCACGUGGGUCCUGGGUUUGGGUUGUGCGCUGCCUGAGGAGGGGGAGGCGGGUGGUGGCGACUGCUUUGAGGAGGUUGGCGCUGGAUUGUAAGGAGUGUUACUCCUCCGUCACAGUGCUGUUCUUCUGUGUGUGGUCAGCUAUGGGGAAGUGUGGCUAUUACCAGAUCACAUUAUAUGUGCAGCUCCUCUGGGAAUCCAAACAGCCCCCGUAUAACUUCACAGCAUACAAUGGAGGGGUGGAGGCUAUGGCUACACUCUCAGGAUCAGUAGCCUCUAUAGCUGUGGGCCACCUGGCUCUGGAAUGGACGCUGUGGGGAGAGCUGGUACUGGGUGUGUUUACGGCUCUGUCUGCUGGGGUUCUGUACCUGAUGAGCAUGACCAGCAACAUCUGGGUCUGCUACAUCUGCUACGCACUAUUCAAAACCAUCUAUAUGGAGCUCAUCACCAUCUGCACGUUCCAGAUAGCCCGAGGUAUAAGCAGGGAGCGCUACGCCCUGGUGUUUGGUGUCAACAGUUUUGUGGGAAUAGUCUUGCAGAGUCUCCUCACUGCCAUAGUUGUAAACACCAAGACCCUGGAACUCACCAUCUGCUCACAGUUCUUUAUCUAUGCCAGCUACUUUUCUGCCUUAGCAGUGCUGUUUCUUAGCAGAGGAGUUUAUACUGUUUUCCACAACCAAUUGGUGGAGCACGUCACACCUGAGGGCUUACCGGAUAGAAGAACUGACCUGCCACAAGUCUCACCUCUGACCUGACACUCAAAGUCAAAAGUAUUUGGACAGUGAGACAUUUAUUUAUUUCUUUUAGCUCUGUAUUCCAAGGGGGUAAAAUGUAGAAUGUCAGCGUUAAUUCAUAUUUGAUUAAUAAUUUAGAAAUGACAGCACUUUGUGUACACAGAUCAUAGUGGAGUUAGUGUUGUGGUUUGGGCGUGUAUUCCUGCAGCUGUAACUGGCUCAUUUGUCUUCACCGAUGAUGUGCAAGCUAAUGGCAGCACCAGGAUGAAAUCACAAGUGUAAAUAAACAUAUGGCCAAGUCAAUCACAGAAUAUCCACCUUAUUGAUUAAGAGUUUCACAUGUUGUAGAUUAAUAAGGUCAGAUAUGAGCAGGAAUUGAAAAUGGGUGCAAUAAAUGUCUGGCAAAGCAUCAGCAGGGCAAAUACCCUGCAUCUGGUAAUGUUUAUGUCCCAGACCUCAGGCAAUCAUUGCAUGCUAACGAUAUGCACACAAGUACCACAGAUUAAUUCUUUAAAGGGAAAUAAUGUUCAGUCCAAAUAUAUUUUUAAAUGAUUCAUGUUCACUAAAAUGGGGGAACUGCAGUAGGUACAAAAUGUGUAAAUAGUUUGAUAUACUGUAGAUGAAAAUACCCCUAGAUUGAAGCUGACAAUCUGCAAUUUUACACCAGUCAAUGUAUAAUUUAAAAUCCAAUGUGCAAAAAUACAGGGCCAAAAAGUAAAUGUGUGACUGUCCAAAAAGUAAUUGUCAAUGGAAAUGGAGAAGAAACUGAUGCACUGGAUACACAACCUAAAUUACAGCAAUAUGUGCAAUAUCUCUAUGUGGCCACUAGAUUGCACUGUAACCUCAUUAACAUGAUCAAUAUUAUUUCAUGUUUACACCCCUGAAAAAUAAUACUUGUAUGUAUGUGUAUAUUUUCUCUUGAGAUGCAUCAUAUAAUUUCCCAUCUGUUUUAUACAAACA